GAUCGAUCAGUGCGAGACGCACUAGCUAGCCGGGAGCAAGAGCGAGCGAGCAGGCGCGGCAACUUGCGGUGCAUUUGCUCUCGACCAGGACUGCUCUCGACCCCCACUUCCACUCCCCACCAUCACCAACAAGCCCGGCGGGCGGCGGCGGCGCCUGUGACCCCUGGGCCCUGGCCGCCGGCCGGCUUCCUCGCUCGCUCGCUCCGCCGCCCGCGUUGUCCCCCCCGCGCCGGCCCGGGCGAUCACAUUGCAGCCGCGUCGGCGCGUGUCGUUUUCGCAUCCCGGGGCCGCGCCACCCGCGCAGAUUCUCCGGGUGCCUGGGUUCGGAACCCAACGGAAGCAGCUGGAGCCUAGCUACUUGCCGCACCGCACCGCGCGCGCCGCCGCCGAAGGCACGUACGACACGCCAAAGUCACCCGCCGAGCCGGCGGCGAGCUUUGGAGGCUAACAAGGCAGGCGCUACUGCUACGACUACUACUACCGCGCAACCAGGUUGCUGCUGACCAGGCGUGCCGUCGGGUGCCCGUACGAUGGAGUUGGGCAGCAAGGACGUGGAGAUGGCCGGGGCGAACGCCGACCUGCUGGCGUCGAGGGGAGAGGCGCUCCCGGCGCUCCUGAUCCAGGUGCCCUCGCAGGCCGUCGCCGGCUUCGACUGCGUCGCCGCCGCCGUCUCGCUGAAUGAGCUGGAGGACAGGGUGGAGGAGCUGCAGGGCUCGGGGGGCGCCUGCAGGGACAUCGUCAUCAGCAUCCCCGCGGCCGCGCGGUCGUACGACGACGCGCACGUCCCUUACUCCGUCUCGCUCAGCAUGCCCGCGUCGCCGUCGGGCUUCCACCUGUCGCAGUUCCGGACGGCGUCCGCGCGCCGCGUGGAGGCGCGCGUGGCGCCGGCCGCCGGAGGGCUCGAUGUCCACCCCGUGGAGGAGCAGCGGCAGGCGGAGGCGCACCUGCACUCCCCGAGGCUGCUCAAGCAGACGCGGUAUCACUCGCAGCCCAUCCUGAACAUGCACCCGUCCAGGAACGCCGACGACGGCGCGCGGCGGUGCGACGGCGGCACCCGCGACAAGCGGUUCGACCCGUUCAAGACCUUCUCCGGCCGCCUCGAGCGGCAGCUGUCCAACCUGCGCGGCCGCCCGCAGGAGCCCGCCGACGGCACGUCCCCGGACUCGAAGAUCUCCGAGGAGGAGACCGACCAGGUCCCCGCCGCCGCCCGCUACUUCGAUGCCCUUGAAGGCCCCGAGCUCGACACCCUCAGGGCGACGGAGGUGCCGGUGCUCCCGGAAGACGAGAAGUGGCCGUUCCUGCUGCGGUUCCCGAUCAGCGCGUUCGGGAUGUGCCUGGGCGUGAGCAGCCAGUCGAUCCUGUGGAAGACGCUGGCGUCGGCGCCGCCGACGGCGUUCCUGCACGUGAGCCCCGUGGCGAGCCACGUGCUGUGGUACGCCGCGGUGGCGCUGACGGCGCUGGUCUCCGUCAUCUACCUGCUCAAGGUGGUCUUCUACUUCGAGGCGGUGCGGCGCGAGUUCCACCACCCGGUCCGCGCCAACUUCUUCUUCGCGCCGUGGAUCGCGGGCCUGUUCCUGGUGCUGGGCGCGCCGCGGCUGGUGGCGGGGAUGCACCACGGCGUCUGGUACGGGCUCAUGGCGCCCAUCUUCUGCCUGGAGAUCAAGAUCUACGGGCAGUGGAUGUCCGGCGGGCAGCGCCGGCUGUCCAAGGUGGCCAACCCGUCCAACCACCUGUCCAUCGUCGGCAACUUCGUCGGCGCGCUGCUGGGCGCCAAGAUGGGCCUCCGCGAGGGCCCCAUCUUCUUCUUCGCCGUCGGGCUCGCGCACUACGUGGUCCUCUUCGUCACGCUCUACCAGCGCCUCCCCACCAACGUGACGCUCCCCAAGGAGCUCCACCCGGUCUUCUUCCUCUUCGUCGCCGCGCCCAGCGUCGCGUCCAUGGCCUGGGCCAGGAUCAACGGCCAGUUCGACGCCGGCGCACGGAUCGCCUACUUCAUCGCGCUCUUCCUCUACAUGUCACUGGCGGUGCGGAUCAACUUCUUCCGGGGCUUCCGCUUCUCGCUGGCGUGGUGGGCGUACACGUUCCCGAUGACCGGCGCGUCGGUGGCCACCAUCACCUACGCGGCGGAGGUGACCAACGUGCUGACGCAGGCGCUCUCCAUCGGGCUCUCCGGCAUCGCCACCGUCACCAUGGCGGGGCUGCUGGUGACCACGGUGUUCCACGCCUUCGUCCUCCGGGACCUCUUCCCCAACGACGUGUCCAUCGCCAUCACCCGGAAGAAGCCCAAGUUCAGCAAGAUCCUGGCGCACCUGCGCUCGUCCAGCUCCGACAUGAAGGAGCUCGUGCUCUCGCUCUCCUCCAAGCCGGCGCAGUCCGACGCCGGCGACACCGAGACCGCCAAAUCCCGGGCCGAGCCGUGACCACCGGCUCUAGCUCGCCGCGGUCUCACGUCGCAUAGCUGCUAGAUGCUUAGCUAGCUGCACAUAGCGGGGGUUUUUUUUUUUCGUUCUCUUCAGUACGAAGGAAGGAGAAGGGGUCGCCGGCCGGAGAAGAAGCGGAAGAACGCACGCAUCGAUCGCCCAGAGGCCAGAGAGCAGUUGGUCGCCGUGGAUGCAUUAUAACGGUCGGACAUACUACGGCACACAUGCUCGGGUAUCCUUGGAGCAUUUUUGUGAUGAUGAGGAUAUAGUGGGAGAGGAAAAUAUGUUGGUUAAUUUGUAAAUCUACCGAUAUAUAUAUAUAUAUAUAUAUAUAUAUAUAUAUAUAUAUAUAUAUAUAUAUAUAUGGUAUAUAUGUAAGUCGUGUGGACUUGAGUAAGUAUGAACGUUAAUUAAUUAAUUAAAUUUUCUGGUCUUGAA